AUGCAUCUGACGGGUUGGCCUCGUGGAACAGCUGAGAAAUUUUUGCAUCCUGCACCAGCUUCUAAGACAAUACCUUUAUACCCUCUGAAAAGUUACAGUUUUGGAAAAAAGGAGCCUAAUUAUGAACGUGAUCGUAGCGUACCGGCGCGGUUUCAACGUCUCCAAGAGGAUUUCGAAAAGUAUGGAAUGAGACAUUCUGUUGAGGGUGUUCUUCUUGUUCAUGAGCAUAACCUCCCACAUGUCCUUCUUCUUCAAUUGGGAACAUUUUUCAAACUUCCUGGUGGUGAAUUACAUCCUGGAGAGGAAGAAAUGGAGGGUCUGAAGAGACUGCUUUCAGAUAUGUUGGGAAGAACAGAUGGAGUGCCAGUGGAAUGGACUCCAGAAGAAUGUAUUGGUAAUUGGUGGAGGCCGAAUUUCGAGCCUCCGCGAUAUCCCUACAUUCCUGCUCAUGUGACGAAGCCGAAGGAGCACACUCGACUCUACCUGAUCCAACUUCCUGAAAAGACUCUUUUUGCAGUGCCAUCGAACUAUCAGUUGGUGGCAGCUCCUCUGUUCGAGCUUUUUGAUAACUCUCGUGCCUAUGGACCCAUCAUCUCGUCUCUUCCGCAGGUCCUCAGUCGGUAA